GGCCUGGGGCCAAGUGCCUGCAGGGCGGAGGGAGGGGAAGCUGUCUGUGCCGGAGGAGUCACUUUUUAGGCGCUGGUUUUGUUGCAUUGCACAAACCUGGUGCAAACCCCAAGCUCACCAGCGUGAGUCAGCGGGGCCGGCGGCGGCAGGAGAGGGAAAGGUGGGCGGAGAGGACGGCGCGCACCCCGAGGCCUGCACCGGAGGCGGGAAGGACCCGGAGGCGACUCCGGGACACCCCUAAAGGCGGCCCCCGACCCAGCCCCACAGGUGAGCGCGGGCCGGCCGUGGGAAGGAGCCCGCCGUCCCCACCAGUCACCCUCCGGGCGCCACCACCACCGCACAGAUUCUAUCUGGGUGCUGACACCCAGCCAUUCCUUUACCAAUGAAGUACAUCCUAGUCACCGGUGGGGUGAUCUCGAGCAUUGGGAAAGGGAUCAUCGCGAGCAGCAUUGGGACGAUUCUAAAAUCAUGGGGACUCCGAGUUACCGCCAUCAAAAUCGACCCCUAUAUCAACAUCGAUGCAGGCACUUUUUCACCUUAUGAGCACGGAGAAGUGUUUGUCUUAAACGAUGGUGGAGAAGUUGAUUUAGACCUUGGAAAUUAUGAAAGGUUCUUGGAUAUUAAUCUUUAUAAAGACAACAACAUCACCACUGGGAAGAUAUAUCAGCAUGUGAUUAAUAAAGAGAGGCGUGGAGACUACCUGGGGAAAACAGUACAAGUUGUCCCUCACAUUACUGAUGCUGUCCAGGAGUGGGUUAUGAAUCAAGCCAUGGUACCAGUGGAUGGUCAUAAGGAGGAGCCCCAAAUAUGUGUUAUUGAGUUGGGUGGCACCAUCGGAGACAUUGAAGGAAUGCCAUUUGUGGAAGCAUUCAGACAAUUUCAGUUUAAGGCAAAAAGAGAGAAUUUCUGUAACAUCCAUGUUAGCCUUGUCCCACAGCCCAGUGCUACCGGAGAACAAAAAACCAAACCCACACAAAACAGUGUUCGUGCACUGAGGGGGUUGGGCCUGUCUCCUGAUUUGAUCGUCUGCCGGAGUUCAAAGCCCAUCGAAAUGGCUGUGAAGGAAAAGAUUUCUAUGUUUUGUCAUGUGAACCCUGAACAGGUCAUAUGUAUCCAUGAUGUUUCUUCUACAUACCGAGUGCCUGUGCUUUUGGAGGAACAAGGCAUUGUUAAAUAUUUCAAAGAGAGAUUGGAUUUGCCCAUUGGUGAUUCUGCAAAUAAUUUGCUUUUCAAGUGGAAAAAUAUGGCUGACAGGUAUGAAAGGCUACAGAAAACGUGCUCCAUAGCCCUGGUCGGCAAAUACACCAAGCUGAGGGACUGCUAUGCCUCUGUGUUUAAAGCUCUGGAACACUCAGCCUUGGCCAUCAACCACAAGUUGAAUCUGAUGUACAUCGACUCCAUUGACCUGGAGCACACCACCGAAACUGAGGACCCUGUGAAAUUCCAUGAGGCGUGGCAGAAGCUAUGCAAAGCUGAUGGUGUUCUGGUGCCAGGAGGCUUCGGAAUCAGAGGAACAUUGGGCAAACUCCAGGCGAUUUCUUGGGCAAGGGCAAAGAAGAUUCCUUUUCUGGGAGUUUGCCUUGGGAUGCAACUAGCAGUGAUAGAGUUUGCAAGGAGCUGCCUUAACUUGAAAGAUGCCAAUUCCACAGAAUUUGAGCCAAAUGCCCGUGUUCCCGUGGUGAUUGAUAUGCCGGAACACAACCCUGGCAAUUUGGGAGGAACAAUGAGGCUGGGAAUAAGAAGAACUGUUUUCAAAACUGAAAAUUCAAUAUUAAGGAAACUUUAUGGUGAUGUUCCUUUUAUAGAAGAAAGACACAGACAUCGGUAUGAGGUGAACCCUGCCCUGGUCAACCAGUUUGAGCAGAGUGACUUAAAUUUUGUAGGUCAGGAUGUUGAUGGGGAGAGGAUGGAAAUCAUUGAACUGGCAAAUCACCCCUAUUUUGUUGGUGUCCAAUUCCAUCCUGAGUUUUCUUCUAGGCCGAUGAAGCCUUCCCCUCCAUACCUGGGACUAUUACUUGCAGCAACUGGGAACCUGAAUACCUACCUACAACAGGGAUGCAAACUGUCCUCCAGUGAUAGAUACAGUGAUGCCAGUGAUGACAGCUUUUCAGAGCCAAGGAUAGCUGAGUUGGAAAUAAGCUGCAACUAAUACAUGACUCAGAAUGGCAGGCGCUGCCUGAGAGGGCUUUGAAGUAAUUGAAGCCAAGAUAAAGCAACUAUCUGAAGAAAUCACCACAUUCUUAAAGAAUCACGAAACAUGGGAUGAAAGCCUCAAAGGAAAUCAAAUAAUAUGUACUUUCAUGAACCAGAACCAAAGGGGCACUUUCCUUUUUUUCCUCCAGAGGUGGCCUUUGGGUCUCACAGAUUUCUCUAGCCGAUUAAACAUUUCCCAACAACCUGCCUGGGAGAAAGUGUGUUCUUAUUUUGUCUGGUGUACCGUGAUGUCAGGUGCUGAGCAACGAUACAGGAACUGAGCCUUCACUGUGCUAUAUGGGAUGGGUGGCAGGGCACAUGCAAUAACUAAUUUUGAGUAAAAAAUGAGCCAUUCUUUUACCUGGAACUCAACCACAGAUCUGGGUGCGGCCCAAGCUUAUUUUAAUUUCUCGCCCAGUUUAUUUCUAGUUAAAAAGAAAUUUAAAUAGGUCCAAGACUUGGGGUGGCAAGUACGGCCCGUGUUCAGGCACAGAAUUUAAGGGGUCGUAAAAAAAAUCUCAGGAAUCAAGAUCAGUAUAUUUACAGGGUGUCCCCCCAAAAUGUAUACACACUUUAACAGCUGAUAGCUAUAGAUUCUAUUACAUUUUGAAAAUGAAAUAUUUGUGUUUUUUUUGGUUAAUCCUCCCCUGAGGUUAUUUUAGAGAGAGUGGAAGGAAGGGGGAGAGACACAGAGAGAGAAACAUCAAUGUGAGAGAGACACAUUGAUUGGUUGCCUCCCACACUCGCUGAGUAGGGCUGGGGAUUGAGCCUGCAACCGAGCUAUGUGCCCUUGACUGGAAUUGAACCCGGGACCCUUCAGUCCACUGCAGUCCACAGGGCAGACGCUCCAACCACUGAGAAAAACCAGGGAGGGCGGAAAUGAAAUGUAUUUUAAUAAACACUUUAUUCAAAGUGUGUAUACAUUUUCUGGGGACACCCUGUAUAUUUUUUAAUUGAGAUGAAAUUCACGUAACAUAGAAUUAGCCAUUUUAAAGCGAACAUUUCAGUAGCAUUAGGUACAAUGUUAUGCAGCCACCACCUUUACCUACUUCUGAAGCAUUUCCAACACUCCAAAAUAAAUCCCCAUACCCAUUAGCAGUCACUCCCCAUUCCUACCUCCUCCCAGCCCCUAGCAACUGCUAAUCUUUCUAUGAUUUUCCAAUUCUGGAUAUUCCAUAUAGAUGAAAUAAUACAAUAUGUGGCUAUUUGUAUCUAGCUUCUUUUAUUUAGCAUCAUGUGUUUUUUUUUAAAUAUAUCUUUAUUGUUGAAGGUAUUACAGAUGUCCCGUUUGUUUGUUUUUUUCCCAUUGACUGCCCCUCCCACGCUUUCACCACCCUAUUGUCUGAGUCCAUGGGUUAUGCAUAUAUGCAAACAUGUUCUUUGGUUGAUCUCUCCCCCUCUCCCCCUUCCCUCUGAAAUUCCACAGUCUGUUCCAUGCUUCUGUGUCUGGAUCUAUUUUGUUCAUCAGUUAAUUUUGUUCAUUAGAUUCCACAUAUAUUAGUGAGAUCAUGUGAUACUUGUCUUUCUUUGACUGACUUAUUUUGCUUAGCAUAAUACUCUAGCGUCAUGUUUUUAAGGUUCAUCCUGUGUAUCAAUGCUUCAUUCCUUUUUAUAGCUGAAUAAAAUUCCAUUGUAUGUAUCUACCACAA